ACCAGCAAUGGAUACAGAGAGCAAUGUGACUGAACCAGCAAUGUAUACAGACAGCAAUGUGACUGAAUCAGCAAUGUAUACAGAGAGCUAUGUGACUGAACCAGCAAUGCAUACACAUAGCAAUGUGCCUGAACGAGCAGCAACAGUUAGAGGCAUCAAUGUGUUUGGACCAGCAGUAGUUAUAGGCAGCAAUUCGCUUGAACCAGCAACGGAUACAGAAGAUGACCAUGUGAAUGAAAUAGCGCUAGAUUUAGCUGAGACUGUCAUCGCUACUGCUCUUAAUAUUGUGGAAGAAGAUGAUGAAUACACCAUCAAAAACAUUGACUGGCUCACACAUGGUGAAUUCACACCAGAAAAGUGCCGUAAACAAAUCGAAGACUUCGUUACGAGUUGGGAGUAUCAAGACCGUUGGGUUCACUACGCAAAGUUGGUAGAGACAAGAGACCUGAUUCACAGCUUCCACUACAUCUACUCUGUACGCUGGAGUGUCCCAACUGCUCAGACACCCACAGCAUUCAGCUCUGCCUUUGCCUUCUUCACCGUCAAGUUCAACAAAAACAAACCUCCGGAUGCACCCAUUGAAAUCUCUUAUAUCUUUGAAGGACAGUCACUAGUACACAGACCAGGAACGACUCGCUUUCGAGAAAAUUGGGUGAAGGAAAUGGUUGUGGCCAAACAUAAUAUAAUGAAGUCAUUUCCCUUCUAAUGCAGUUGUGUCUGACUCUUACAGAAUGUUUUAUGAUUGGAUUUCUAACCAGAAUGUAUUAAAAAACACCAUAUUGCACAUCAAACCACAAAAUAUUUAUUGAAUAAUAAACCGGUGACACACAAUCCAACUGUAUUUUUUUUUUGCAUUCAUUCAUUUUCCAUUUGGCAACUUCCAUCAUGCUAACAGAAUAACCAGUAAGUUGUUUUUUAUUUUCUAAAAGGUUUUUCCCAUCACUAUCUGCAUCACUCAGAGUCUUACAAGUAUAGAAGUUGAGUUUAGAGAGUUGCUAAAAUUCACCUGUCAGACCAACCGAGAUUGGUACUUGACUGCCCA